AUGAUGUCCGCGGUCGAGUCAUAUUUGUCGCUUCCUGGAUCAGUUGCAUUUUCACGUUCUCGUGGACGUGCAAUUGCUUUUCAGAUAGGGGCUGUGGAUGUGCGAGCUCAAUGGUUUCACUAUGUGCAUAACUCCCAAACGCUCGAAGAGCCUCAACGAGCUGUCCUCGAACAACUUUUGCAGUACGGCGAUAUCACCGACAUUCCUCCUUCAUUCGAGAAAAGCGAUGGCCUCGUGAGGACCUUUUACGUAUACCCCCGUGUUGGUACAAUCUCGCCAUGGAGCUCGCAAGCAACCGGCAUUUCGCACGUUUGCGGACUCGGGAAAUCCGUGAAGCGGAUCGAACGCGGACUGAAGAUAUCGGCCCUCUUUGCUGAAGAGAAAAAAGCUGAGGAUGGAUAUCUCGAUUUCUUACAUGACCGCAUGACCCAAGUUAUAAGUGAAGAGGAACCUGAUCUCGACAAGAUGUUUUCAGAGCACCCACCGCUUCCCUUGGAGACCAUUCCCCUUCACGCUGGAGAGAAAUCUGCGGUGGAAAUCUUACAGGACGCCAAUAAACGACUUGGUUUGGCUUUGGAUCAGUCUGAAAUCGACUACCUUGUCGCUGCGUAUGCUAGCAACGGCCCCGUUCCACGCGAUCCAACCGAUGUUGAACUUUUCAUGUUUGCCCAGGUCAACUCUGAACAUUGCCGACACAAGCAAUUCAAUGCAUCUUGGGUUAUUGAUGGAAGACAGAUGCCUAACAGCCUUUUCGCAAUGAUCAGAAACACACAUAAAAAACACCCGGAGAACACGGUCAGUGCGUAUAGUGAUAAUGCUGCCGUAUUGCAGGGUGAGCAGGCUGGAUUCUGGGCGCCAGAUCCUUCAACUCUUGAAUGGGCAUACACAAGAGAACAGGUUCAUAUUUUAGCUAAGGUUGAAACUCACAACCAUCCUACUGCUGUGUCACCAUACCCAGGCGCUGCCACCGGAUCUGGCGGUGAAAUCCGAGACGAAGGAGCCGUCGGUAGAGGAUCCAAACCAAAAGCUGGUCUGGCAGGAUACUGUGUGUCUGACCUUCUCAUUCCAGGACUGCGACAGCCGUGGGAACUCGAUGUUGGCAAACCACACCACAUCGCAAGCAGCUUGGACAUCAUGCUUGAAGCCCCGAUUGGGAGCGCUGCUUUCAACAAUGAAUUCGGACGACCUUGCACUGCUGGAUAUUUCCGGACCUUGCUUACUGAAAUUGACAUCGGCAAUGGCCAAAAAGAACUCCGAGGUUAUCAUAAGCCUAUCAUGAUCGCCGGUGGAGUAGGCACUGUUAGACCUCAGCACGCACUCAAGGAUCCCAAAAUCGUCAAACCAGGUUCUUUCCUCGUAGUUCUUGGUGGUCCUGCUAUGCUUAUUGGCCUUGGCGGUGGUGCAGCAUCUAGUCUCGCUUCUGGAGAAGGUUCUGCCGAUCUAGACUUUGCUAGUGUCCAAAGAGGAAAUGCCGAAGUUCAGCGCAGAGCCCAAGAAGUCAUCAACGCUUGUGUCGCAAUGGGAACAGAUAACCCUAUUAAGUUUAUUCACGAUGUUGGGGCAGGUGGUCUAUCGAACGCCCUCCCAGAGCUUGUUCACGAUGCUGGGUUGGGCGCUACAUUCGAACUUAGAGAAGUGGAUAACACUGAUCGUGGCAUGAGCCCUAUGCAAAUUUGGUGCUGUGAAGCACAGGAAAGAUAUGUUAUGGCUGUUGGAGAGGAAGGAAUGAAUAAAUUCACUGCUAUUGCCAAACGCGAACGCUGCGGCUUUUCUGUUGUUGGCAAGGCAGAGGGUUCCGAACACGGUGAAAAGCGCCUUGUGCUCCUGGACCGAGACUCGAAAGAAUAUCCAAAGCCAAUCGAUCUACCUCUUUCUGUACUUUUUGGAAAACCACCAAAAAUGACUCGAAAGGUGGACUCGCGGAAGUUGAAACUGCCCCCUUUUGACACCAGCCUAUUAACGUAUCUUCCUGAAGCGUCAUCAGACCAGCAACUGUUCAACGAAGCUGCGAGCAGAGUUCUAUCCCUUCCUGCAGUGGGUUCCAAAUCUUUCCUCAUAACCAUUGGCGAUCGCACUGUGGGUGGACUUACUGCCCGGGACCAGAUGGUUGGACCUUGGCAAACGCCGGUUUCUGAUGUUUCCGUGACGGCUACCUCCCUUCUCCAAGGCGGAACCACUGGAGAAGCCAUGGCAAUGGGUGAAAAGCCCACUCUUGCUCUUAUCUCACCGGGCGCAUCAGCACGUAUGGCUGUCGCAGAGUCGCUAAUGAACAUUGCGGCUGCAGACUUGAUUGAUCGUCUUCAAAGAGUCAAACUUUCCGCCAACUGGAUGUCCGCGAGCAGCCAUCCAGGUGAAGGAGCAGCCAUCUACGAAGCGGUCGAAGCUAUUGGUCUUGAUCUCUGUCCUAAACUAGGUAUCAGCAUUCCAGUUGGUAAAGACUCCAUGUCUAUGAAGAUGAAGUGGAAAGACGAGAAGUCUACGGAAUCAAAGGAGGUGACUGCGCCGCUUUCUUUGGUUAUCUCAUCCUUCGCACCAGUUCAAGAAUUUAGGAAGACAUGGACCCCAACUCUACGACGUGUCGAGGAUGUUGGAGAAACGGUCCUCAUGUUCGUUGACCUCGCUAUUGGCCGAAAAGCUCUUGGUGGAUCUGCAGUAGCGCAGGUCUUCAAACAGGUUGGAGAUGAAUGUCCAGAUAUCCGGGACGUGGAGCUUUUCAGGGACUUCUUUGAUGCUACGCAAGGGCUUCAGGAAACUGGUAUCGUUCUUGCUUAUCACGAUCGCUCUGAUGGUGGUCUUUUCACUACUCUCGCUGAAAUGAUGUUUGCCGGACGAUGCGGUGUUGAAAUCAUGUUGGACGAGUUACAAAAGACCUCGGACACUGGAAGUUGCAUUGAGACAUUGUUCAAUGAAGAACUUGGUGCGGUCUUCCAGGUUCGAAAGAAGGAUGAAGGGGUGUUCCGUUCUUGCUUCGCAACCUGUGGUCCUCCACCAGGUUUAAUUACUCGCAUCGGCCGUGUCUCCGAGCAGCCAAAGCAAAACCUCACCAUUUACCACAAACAGAAAUUGAUUUAUCGGCAACCGCGGGCCAAGAUCCAACAAAUUUGGUCACACACAUCUUACCACAUGCAAAAAAUUCGUGACAACGCUGCCUGCGCCGACCAAGAAUUCGCUAAUAUUCUUGAUAACACAAACCCUGGUAUCUCAUGGAGACCUACUUUUGACCCUAAAGAUAAGGCUCUUCCUAUAUUGACAAGUCUUACCCAGCUCUCCCCUUUCAGCAACAAGCCUCGGGUGGCCAUUCUCCGUGAACAAGGGGUUAACAGUCAGGCUGAAAUGGCGUUUGCUUUCAACCUUGCUGGCUUCUCUGCCAUUGAUGUGCACAUGACCGAUAUCAUCUCUGGCCGUGUAUCACUAGCCUCCUUUGUUGGAUUAGCUGCUUGUGGUGGAUUCUCAUAUGGAGAUGUCCUUGGUGCAGGCCAGGGCUGGGCCAAAUCGGUCUUAUUGCACGACGAAACUCGUAAAGAAUUCAAGUCAUUUUUCGAUCGUCCUGACACGUUCGCUCUCGGUGUUUGCAAUGGUUGCCAAUUCCUCUCCCGCCUCAAAGAACUCAUCCCAGGUGCGAGAUAUUGGCCUAGCUUCGAGCGAAAUGCCAGCGAGCAAUACGAAGGCCGUGUAGCUAUGGUCAAUAUCUCCGAUCCCGACCCUUCCGCACCAUCUGUUUUCCUACAUGGCAUGCACGGUUCCUCGCUGCCUAUCGCCGUGGCACACGGUGAAGGUCGUGCAUCGUUUACUUUGACCCCGAAUAUCACUGCCCAGGACUUUGUCAGGAACAACUUGGCUCCUGUUCGUUAUGUCGACAACGCCACUCUUAAGCCCACCAUGGCAUACCCAUUCAACCCGAACGGUAGCCCCGAGGGUAUCGCCGCCGUGCGAUCCCCAGACGGUCGUGUCCUAGCAAUCAUGCCUCAUCCAGAACGAACCAUCAUCAAUGGCGUUGCCAGCUGGUUGCCGCCACAAGCAGAGAAAUGGGGAGAUAUUGGCCCAUGGGGACGUAUUUUCUAUAGUGCCCGCAGAUGGGUGGGCUAG